AUGGAUGAAAGGGAGACCUUCUUGGGAGAGCAGGCCAGCGAUGAGGAUGUGUACGGGAAGUUCGACAAACUCAUGAGCGAGAUCAGGACUUGGUCAUCACAUUUCAAUGGCGGUAAUGCGGAUUCUUUCAAAGAGGACAGGUUCUCAGAGUAUCAGAACAUCGUCCCGCUGUAUACUGAGCUCCGGGAUUUGGACGAGAUUACGACAAAGAAAAGGAAAAAACGCCUGUUCGUGCGCGGAUGGACAGCGUACGUUAUAUGCACGAAGCUGUUUCGAACUCUCGAUUUGGCACCGGCGGGAGAUCUUGGAAACGAUGUGUGGCUGGGGAACGCGCUUGCGGAUAAUUUCCGGUGCUUGGAAAACCAACUCUGGCUCACAGACCGUAAAGUGGUGUCUUACAAGUCAUUCAAUGACUGGCGAGCAUUUACUGCUGAGCUUCUGGGAAGAGCGACCUCCACCCAGGGUGAGAAACCGACUGAUCAGGUGCGGGCUGCAGUCGCGAAUGCUGUGUCUGAGGUUUUAGAGGUUGUAACGGUUUGGCAUAAGACAGGGGCAGCCGAGGACCUAGAAGCUGACAAGAAUGAACUGCACCGUAUCUUCAUAGAUGCUGUACAGUUUUCACAACUUCUUCGUCGCCAACGGGCACUCUGGAGCAUUCGUUUCCCUUCGAGGCCGGAGGCAGGGUCGUUAAGGUUCAACCCCAUGUUCAUGUUCGACCCCAGGGACGAGGACGAGGACGACAUGGAAGAGCUGAGGAAAUGUUAUGUGGAGCUCAUUGCCACGCCUAUCCUGUACAAGCGUGGAACGAUGAACGGCGAGUGGUUCGAGAGUGAAGAAGCUGUACGUCUAGCUGAAAUUGUCAUGAUGAAGCCCAAUUGA